UUAUGAGUGGUAAUACGUUUGGACAUGUGUUUGCUGUUACUAAUUUUGGUGAGUCUCAUGGAACGGCAAUUGGCUGUGUCAUUGAUGGUUGUCCCCCUGGUUUACUAUUAACAGAAGCGGAUUUGCAAAAAGACUUAGAUCGCCGUAAGCCUGGUACAUCACGCUUUGUCACGCAGAGACAAGAAGAUGACCUGGUUAAAAUUGUUUCUGGUGUUUUUGAAGGAGUAACAACAGGGGCACCGAUUGCUUUAUUGAUUCAGAACCAAGAUCAGCGUAGCAAAGACUAUGGUGACAUAGCUGUGACAUUUAGACCAGGUCAUGCAGAUUACACCUACUGGCACAAAUAUGGCAUUAGGGACUAUCGAGGUGGUGGACGUACAUCAGCACGAUUAACUGCACCAAUGGUUGCAGCUGGUGGGGUUGCCAAAAAGUGGUUACGUGAACACAAGGGUAUAGACAUUAAGGCAUAUUUGGCACAAAUUGGUUCGGUUGUUUUACCCUUCGAGAGUUGGGAUUUUGUUGAACAGAACCCAUUUUUUGCUGCUAAUCAAAGUGUUAUUGCCCAAGCAGAAACUUAUCUUGAAGACAUUCGUUUGGCGGGAAAUUCUUGUGGUGCUUUGGUUAAGGCCGUUGUGAGCCAUAUGCCAGUUGGUCUUGGACAACCGUUAUAUGACAAAUUAGAUGCAGACAUUGCUUAUGCGAUGAUGGGUAUUAAUGCCGUCAAGGCGGUGUCCAUAGGCGAUGGUUUUGAGGUGGUAACGCAGUUGGGAAGUGAGCAUGGUGAUGAGUUGACCCCUGAUGGUUUUAAAACGAAUCACGCGGGUGGUAUUCUCGGUGGAGUGAGCACGGGUCAGGAUUUGCGGAUUGCUUUGGCAAUUAAACCGACUUCUAGCAUUCUGAUCGAAAAAGAUUCGAUUGAUGUUGAGGGAAUGCCUGUCAAGGUAAAAACCAAGGGUCGUCAUGAUCCUUGUGUGGGUAUUCGAGCGAUCCCGAUUGUUGAGGCGAUGUUAGCUCUGGUGUUGAUGGAUCACGUGUUGCGAAAUCGAGCUCAGUGUCAUGGUGUGGAGGUGCAAACUCCUGAUAUUGCACUAAACUCACCACCGGGUUUGUUGGCCAUCUAUGAGGAGCUGACUAGCUUCGCUGAUGUUCACGUUGUUGCACCUGAACGAAACCAUAGCGGCGCCUCAAGUUCCUUAACGCUCAAUUUACCCUUGUCUGUGUAUCAGGCCAAUUGGGGGCCACAAAGAGGCUUUACUUAUAUCAAUGGUACUCCAGCCGAUUGUGUACAUAUUGCAUUGACCGGUUUAUUAUCUGUCCAGCCUGACCUUGUUGUUUCUGGAAUUAACCAUGGGCAAAAUAUGGGCGAGGAUGUGCUUUAUUCUGGAACGGUGGCGGCGGCCUUAGAAGGUUAUUUAUGUGGUGUACCUGCAAUUGCCUUAUCUCAGGUUGAUCGGGGGUGGGGGGAAUUGAGUAGUUGUGCA